AUGCACGCGUAUCUCGCGAUCGCCCUCGCGCUUGUAGCGCCCGCGCUUACAUCGCCCCAUGACCGUGUCGGGUACGAGAGGGAAAUAGAUGCCACCAGUUACAACCAAGUUCCGAAACUCCUGGAUUACGUGUUUAACGAGGAAUACCUCAGCGCACAGAAAAAUCGGGCGAAAUUAGUAACAAAACUCAGACCGGAAGGUGAAGCAGUGGUAGAUGAUAACGUGCUUCUGGAAUCCAAUGUUGUGUUUAUUCGUCCAGCGAAGAGACGAGUGGCGAAUGAAGCUGGAGAGGAAUUAGUGCGACGGCGGCGUGGAUACAACCUGGAGAACGUAAAUGUGCCUGCGAGGUACCCGUAUCUCCCAGUGCCGAGCUACUAUCGCUUCCGCCGCUGGGGAUAGUGGCCGAUGCGCCGGCGCCUAUGCCGCCUCGCAAGUCUGCCUCAAAUGUCAAGGCUGCGCUAAUGCUCUGCGGAUCCCACCGCACCCGGAGCGCAACUCACAUGUACAUGUGUGCAACUCUGAUAGACUGUACUUACUUAGUUGUUAUUAUAUUUAUACGAAGUGGCUGUGAUCGAACGCUCAGUUUACGCCGUUGUAGUACGGUUUGAUAGCAACGAUUGACAGAGUACAUACCAACAUAAAAAAAACGAAUAAAAUAUAAAUUAGUUGAAAUGUAAUUAGCAAUAGUUAGAGGUAAAAUUAAUGAAGAUGAAAUGUAAAGA